AUGCAAAUAAUCAUUGAAAUGCUAAAUGUGGGAAUUUGGAAAGACACCCCGCCCACCCAUGGCCCCGCCCCCUCUCGGACCCUCCCAUCCUUGGCCCCGCCCCGCGGCGCCCCCGCCGAGGAGUUUCCCUGCCCUCGGGCCCGAACGAGGCCCCGCCCACCGGCCAAUCUCCUUUCCGGGCCGCCCACCCGCUCGGCGCCGAUUGGCUGCGCGAGCCCCGGGGCUGGCCGGAGAAGCGCAGUGAUUGGUCAGCGGUGCCGGCUGGCCCCGCCCCUGGCGCUGGGGGCCGCGGGGAGGGGAGGGGGCGCGGGGGGCGCGGAGCCCCCGCCGGGAGCGGCACCGGCACCGACCGAGCGGGCAGCCAGCGCCUCUUCUCCCGUUCUGCCUCGGCUCCCUUCUCUUCCCGCCCCCCUCAAGGUGCAUCAGCGGCUGUCUCCUUGGCAGAGCGUGAGAGUGGUGUAUUGCAGUACCGUAGUGCCCUCUGAUGAAGUGACGGUGGUUUACCAGAACGGCUUGCCUGUGAUUUCUGUGAGUCUUCCAUCGCGGCGCGAGCGCUGCCAGUUCACCCUGAAACCCAUCUCAGACUCUGUCGGGGUGUUCUUGCAACAGCUGCGAGCAGAGGACAGAGGCAUUGAUCGAGUUGCAAUCUACUCAGCAGAUGGCACACGUGUGGCCUCCUCCACAGGCAUAGACCUGCUUCUGCUGGAUGACUUCAAACUGAUCAUUAAUGAUGUCUCCUACCAUGUCAGACCACCAAAGAGAGAGCUCUUAAGCCAUGAAAAUGCCACGACGCUGAAUGAUGUGAAGACGUUGGUUCAGCAGUUGUACACAGCCUUGAGCAUCGAGGAGCACCAGCUGAACAAGGAGAAGGAGCUGAUAGGGAGGCUAGAGCAAUUGAAGGAGCAACUAGCACCUCUAGAAAAAGUAAGAAUGGAGCUCAGCAGGAAAGCAGAGAAGAGGACAACCUUGGUGUUGUGGGGAGGCCUGGCCUAUAUGGCCACUCAGUUUGGGAUUCUGGCCCGCCUCACCUGGUGGGAAUAUUCUUGGGACAUUAUGGAACCAGUCACCUAUUUCAUCACCUAUGGUAGUGCCAUGGCAAUGUAUGCUUAUUUCGUAAUGACCCGCCAGGAAUAUGUUUAUCCAGAUGCCAGAGACAGACAGUACUUAUUAUUUUUCCAUAAAGGAGCCAAAAAGACACGAUUUGAUCUAGAGAAAUACAAUCAACUCAAGGAUGCAAUUGCUCAGGCAGAAUUGGACCUUAAGAGGCUUCGAGACCCACUGCAAGUUCAUCUGCCCAUCCAGCAAAUUUCUGAAAAGGACUGAUCAGCAAAGAAGCUCUGAACCCCAGCAAAAAACCUGUUCAUAGCUCUUGCCUUUUUUAAUUAAAGCGUUGCAGGUGGAAGCUGGGAUGUGGUGUGGGGGGUGGAGGGUUUUUACCUUUAAUCAAGACAAAGGACUGUAAAGGGGGAAAAUCUCUUAAAUCUGAAGAUGGGACAUUGUGGAAUGUUAGUUCUGAAAAGGGCUUGGCAAAUAGUCACAUUUUAAAAACUGUCAGAAUGGCGAUUGUGUACAAAUACAGGAUUGGGAGGUUCAUGAAAAGAAUGUAAUGCUGGGGUGUGGGGGUGUCUUCUUCCAGCUUUGCAGGGUCUGCCUCUUGAUAAGACACCAGCAGCCUGCUUAGCUUUUUUAAUUUUCCUUUACCUGAUUCCAGUCUCUUUUUCUCUCUUGAAAAAAAACAAAAGGAGAAAAAAAAAUGAACAAAGAAUCCAAGCCACCUGGAGCUCUGGCUGGUGAUCAGAACUUGCACUCCACCGCCAUUAACACGCACACUUCUGGUCAGACCUGGUCUCUUUUAUAAAGUUACUACAAGACUGCUUUCUACUGGAAAACCGUGAGCUUCCCCUUCCCAGCCCACCCCCUGUGCUCCACUGACUUCCUCCUUUGCUUAUUUGUAGCACAGAUUGGUUGUAGCCCAGUGAAAGAAGGAAUGAGUUUUCUUCUGGACAUUUGAUAAUCGAUGUUUUGGAUUAUUCCGUAAUAACUCUCAAAACUUUGCGUCCCAGUGCCCUUGAGCUCCUCCUAGAAAUCCAUGGCAGCAUUGCAUGAGCGGUUUUUUAUAUUCAGUCUUAAGGCAGGGAGGUUCCCCUCUUCCUACCCCAAAUCUUGAGAGCCACCUGAACUAUGAAAUUAGGAAGGCCUUAAAGGAUUACAAAGCUGUUGCCAGAAUCAUGACUCCUGCUUUAAAAUGGACAGUUUUGGAACAUGGAAUAAUGAAACUUGAUACUUGAUUGUUUGUGAAAUAGGAUAGAAGGUUUCACAUAUUGUCAAAGGAUUUCCCUUGCCCAGAGGCUUUCUGAGAGCCUGGGGAUCUUACAGUGCAAGACACAGAACUGCUUUGGUUCUGUAGCACUUUCCCCUGAUUAAGUAGCUUUAAGUGAACUCUGUGUCCGCAGGUCAGAAUUUCUUAGGAGUGGCUAAUGACAUCUCUUGUUCUUAGCUAAAAAGAAAUAAAGGAAGGAAGGUCAACCCAUUGCCCUCUCUGUUAGCCAAGGCUGGCUGCUUUCUAAGCAGAUAAAACAUCUCUUCACUCAAAGCAGGUCAGUCUGGUUUAGCACCCUCCUGAUAAAUGCUGUGGAGACAGGAUGAAGGUGGGAGAAGGACACUAAGCUUUAUAUACAGAAAGGCUGGCUGCUUCUUUUUGAUGUUUCACUACUACUCCUCACUGUGUCAUGGAAAGAGGCUUCUGGGGUUUUUUUUGGAGAACCAUGUUUUAAAAAUAUAGGAAAGAAAAUAAUUCAGUAUUAACUAGAUGCCAGGUGCCUUGCAGAUGUGGAAACACAGCUGGGAUUGCUGCCUCUUCUCACUCAGUGGCAUGUUGGACCGAAUGGGUGCAUGUUUCUAGUUUUGUUUUUUUUUUCUUCCCUCCCCCUUCUCCUCUGUCUUUCCAUUUAAUUACAUUGCGUGAUUAUUUUUUAUCUGUUUUAUCAUGUUUGUGUGAUGAGUUUUAAAAGGAAAAAAAGUGAACACAAUCCUGUAGCUGAAUCCUUGGUGUGUGUUUGGGAUGAGGGAGGGAGCAUGGAGAAAAGUCCUUCUUUAAAAAAAAAAAGAACAAAAAAAAAAACCUGAACAUGUGUAAAAUCCUGUAUCAUUUAUGAAAUAUGUAUAAAAGAGCAAUGUACUUCUGGAACAAUAAAUAACUAUUCAAUUUUUGAA